AUGGAUCAUAAAAGUGGUUGUAAUCAUUCUAACUGUAAUAUAACUAGCCCUAAUGAAUCUGUGCGACAAACAUUGUCCGAAAUGGAUUGGGAGAGAGGAAUAUGGAAUGCAGCAUUUACAGGUGACAAGGGUCGUGUGCAAUUAUUGAUAGAUAAAGCAAAAAACACAAAGGAACUUGUAAACAGUGUAGAUAACUCUGGAUAUACUGCUUUACAUUAUGCUGCACGUAAUGGUCACGAAGAUAUAUGUAGAAUUCUUCUACAAUAUGGAGGAUUAAUCGAUGCUCCGACCAGGAGCGCUAAGUCUACACCACUACAUAAAGCAGCAGUAGCAGGAAAAGAAAAAACAGUUAUCUUUUUGAUUAGGAAUGGAGCAAGGCUGGAUUUGCAAGACGAUGACGGUAAAACAGCCCUUCAUAAAGCUGCAGAGAAUAAAAAUCAAAAUAUUAUUAAAAUCUUACUUGAGGCUUGCCCUUCAUUAAGAGACAUAAAAGAUAAUAAGGGUAACUUGGCCAUAUAAUUAAAACAAAAAUAUAAGAUAAGAUCCUUUAUCUUACAUAAACCCACUUGUUCACUUUCUUCUACUUCACAUUUAAAUAUUUUAAUUAAUAUACAUGUGUCUAAGUGUUUAACAUAUCGUUAGUGUAAUCCAAUUUGUACAAUGACCAAGGUCAAAACUUGUCAAAAUAUCCUUUUCCUUGAUUAGUUUCUUAAUGUUCUUGACGUAAAAAAGUCUAAUUCAUAUAAUGCAUAAAUAAAUGUAUGAAUAUUAACAUAAAAUUUCCACAUUAAUGUGACAAAAUUUAUUUACAUUCAAGAAAAAUUAAAAAAACUUUUUAUUUUUGUAAUAUUUUGUACAAACUGGAUUAAAAGUUUUGUGACUAGAUUUACUGUUCAUUCCAAUGGUUUAAUAUACAUAUAACCAUUUUCAAUUGUGAAUUUUAUAGUAAAUGUAGGCAUUUUCACCCUGUAUAAUUUAAUUUAUAAGUAAUACUAAGUGUGUUAAAGUUUCAUAACAAUUAGAAAGACCUUUCAUAAUUUACUUUAGUGAACUACGAAAAUACCGUGUUUAAAGGUAUUUCUAAUGUUUAUGUACGCAAAAGAUUUUAAAUAAAAUAAACAGUCAUUAAUCUGUAACAUGUUUUUAUACAUACUUCUAUACUAUUAUUAUUACUCUUGCAACAGAAAUUAUUAAGUUGGAAAAUAUACAAAUAUUAUAUUCUUAAUGUAUAUUAAUAUAAAUAGCAGCUAAUUUGAGAUCAAAAUUUAUGUUUCAUAAAAAAAUUAUAGAAAAAAAACUAUUUUAGUCUUUAGAGAAAAGCAUAAUUAUUAUAUCACUAGAGUUAGUUUCCUACAAAUUUUUAUAUUUUCACUAAGUACACCUUUGUAUAACUAGAUAUUUGAUCUUAAUAAUAAAAUGAUACAUAUAUA